AUGUCUCUUUUCCGCUCAGCGAGCGUGCCUGGAGGGCUGAGCAUCAACACGGGUGCAGCGAAUCUCUUUGGAAGCGGCUCGAGUCAGCAACAACCUCCACCAGCCGGAGGCGCCAGCAGUAUUUUCGGAGCAUCGACAACCCAGCAGGCUUCUUCUGCAGCACCACCAAUAACAACAGGUCUGUUUGGCACCAACAACGCGAACAACGCCACGGCAGGCACGAACCUGUUCGGUCAAUCUACCAACGCGCAGCAGCCUACGACAGCAGCUGGCGGCAGCAUGUUCGGCGCCACAGCAGCGGCCUCCCAGCCUGCGGCGGCUGGCGGCACUACGGGGGGUGGUUUAUUUGGAGCAGCGGGCAGCACGACUACGACGGGCGGAGGCUUGUUUGGAAACGGGAAUGCGGCAGCCAACAAUGCACCCAAGCCCAGCCUGUUUGGUAACACAACAGCCCAACAGCCCCAGCAGACUACGACGACGGGCGGGGGGCUCUUUGGAAACUCGGCAGCUGCGCAACCCCAACAGUCGACAACAGGCGGAGGACUUUUUGGAAACUCUGCAGCGGCUCAACCACAACAACAGACUGUAGGCGGCGGACUCUUUGGCAACGCGACGCAGCAAACUACAGGCACAGGUGGGGGCGGACUCUUUGGCAAUUCCACACAGCAAACGACAUCAAGCGGCGGCCUUUUCGGCGGUUCAACACAACAAAACACAGGUACAGGUGGCGGCGGACUCUUUGGUAACUCGACGCAGCAAACAACAACUGGCGGUGGUGGUCUUUUCGGCAACAGCUUGUCGCAGCCUCAGCAACAGCAGAAGCCUUCACUCUUCGGAAACACUCUACUUGGCCAAUCUCAGCAACCGCAGCAGCAGCAGCAGCAGCAGCAGCAACAACAGCAGGCAGGGGGCAUGUUUGGCCGCACCUUCAACAACUCAACCGCCGCGCCUCCCGGUCUGACUAUGGGUCAGUCCACGAACCAGUCGCAACAGGUCGUGCCAGGCGUCCGCAUAGAUUUGUCGAAUCUCAAGUCAACAACCCGCUUCAACGAUCUUGAUGAGACGAUACAGAAGGAGAUCCAGAAGAUAGAUAAGGGCAUUCAGGCUGUCAUCAACCAGUGCAACGACGUUGAAGCCUUUAUGCCUGCCCAUGGCGAACAGCUCGCCGCGAUCCCGAAUGACGUGCGCUUUGUCACGCGCAAGUACGAUGGCGCAGCUGAUACUUUGUCUGAGGACGCCCAGGCCGUCAAGUCGGUCCGUGAGCUGGUCCACGUGGACGCCGAACAGGCCAAGCUUAGUUUCAAGGCCGUCGACAAUCUCAAGCUGCCGGCGCAGUACCACACUGCAGGGCUUUGGCGACAACAACAGGAUGCAGUUGCUGCGGCGGCUGGAGAUGCUGGCGGCGCAGGGGCAGGCAGUGGGGACAGCAACGCAGAUUUGAUUGCCUUCUUCUCGCAAACAGCGGACGAGAUGGAUGAGCAGCUUAAAAAGUUCCAGCGGAACCUGAGUGAGAUCGAGAGCCACAUGAAUGCCGUUGGUGGGAACCUGGUUGAUCAGCUGCAACGCGCUGCGACAGCAAGGAAUAAUGGCACCAACGGCAGCGGGCCGGGUGGUCAGGAAGAUCAAGUUGCCGAGUUGGCCGAGGUCCUGCGUGGAUUUGAGUCGACCAUCUUGGGCGUUGCAUCGUCAGUAGGUGCGGCAAGGGAAGGAGUGACUUCCUUACAACUUGGGGAAUUCUUGGGUAACGGGUCUAGGACAAGGCGAUAG